AUGAGUCUUUGUCCAAAUAUAGUGAAGCUUAACGCCAGGUAAGCAUACAUUCGAUCAAGAAAAGGUUCCCAUCUCUUAUUGACAACACAAUCUCUCUCCCUCUUCCCUGCACCAAGUCACUGUGAUAUUCCAUGGCAUGUAGAAGGAACUUUUAGGAGGCAGGGUGUAACAGCUCUCUUCAUUUCUCUCUUUUCCACUACAUGAUAUGUAAAAUUCUGCCAGCCUGGGUCUGUCCAUUUAAAGAUCAGGCCCACACACUGAGUGUACUUUUGCCUGGAAGGAAAGUGCCCUUCUCCUUAAACAGAUAGUCGCCUUUAACCUUGCAUAAACCACUACAUCACACUGGCUCUCCUACUGGCUAGUUGACUGCUGGGGUGGAGAGAUCUUUAGGGAGAUGGGGAAUUACCUAACAGUCUUGCCAAGACCAGGGAUUCUUGGUUUGCUUAAGAAGAAAACACAGGGAAUGCUUGAAGGGGGGGGCAGAGUUUGUGUUUGGCCCCUCACCUUCCACCAACAUCCACUGGCCAUACCCUCUGCUCAUUCUGAACGAUAUUGGGACAUUUCCACAUGGUUGAAAUUAGGGCUGUCAUUCAGUUUAAAGCAAUCCUGAUUGAUUUUAUCCAUUUUACUUACUUGAUAUAUUAUAGUGCAGUCAUUACCAUGUCUCCUCAGAAGUAACUCUCAUGGAAUUUGGUGGGGUUAAACUUCCAGAUGAGUUACGUUAGGACUGCAACAUUAAUUAAUCCUAGAAUCAUAUGUCACCAUAAAAGCAUGGGACUUGCCCUUGUUGAAGGGAACAGGGGCAGCAGCAGGCAUGAUCCCAAACUAUAUUCCAUGCAGACGUCCCACUCUGAUCCAAACUUUGCCCAGGGCUAGGAAAGGAAACAGCAGCUCUGGUUUUACAGUCUUUUCAGGCUCCUGUUCAGCAAGCAGAUUUUGGGUUUGUGGACAAUUAAACCAGGUGUAGCAUUAUGGAAAUCUCUCUCUCUCUCCUACCUUUAGUGUUCAUCACCAAGCUGCAAUCUUAACCCUCGUUGGCAAAGACAUUGCUGGCGGCGCUCAGCCCAGGUACGUCAUCAUAAACCUUGCUUGUAGCUUUUCUAGAGUGAGAAGGAUCACAAGCCCAAGUUCAGGUAGUCCAGUAAGCCAAGCCAAGGCUUUGCACAGAGCAAAGCAGGAAAAGGUCUGGAGGAAGGGCAAAGCCUUGAUUAUCUCUUCUCUUGCUCUCUCAUUUGCAAUAAACCAAGGUUUGGCUUAGCCACACUUGCAAACUUGGUCAGUUGUGCAUGUUCAUAUUGCUACUGCUAAACAGUUAUGUCCCAUCACAAACCUAUAUAUUUCCUUCCUUCCCCUUCCCUAUCCCCCUUUAGUAAUGCUUUCCCAUUUUGUCCUUGCUGCAGGAGUUCCUCAUUUAACACUGACCUGUCAAGCACAGGUGGACAUCUCUUGGCGGCAACAGCGAGGAAAAUAUGGUACGGUGACCUCAGUUACUUCUGCUUACAGUUUUUUUCUCUUAGUCGUAUAAUGGCUCACUGCAUGUUAACAUGGUUGCAAGGCAGGCUCUGGGGGUCUUAUAUCAGGGACACUGGCAGAGGGAUCCAGAAGCCUUUUUCCUCUGCCUCAGCAUGGUAGCUUUUCCUGACUUCAGCACCACCACUGAGGAUGGCCAGAAGGUGGUUUUGCAGUUCUCAGUUCAGUAGAGGCCAGGUGGUGCAAAGGGCCAUGGUGGUUUUACCUGGCCUCUUGGCUGUGAUCCAACUCCUCGGUAAUUCAGGCACAGAACACCUGAGACUGCCCAUCUCUGCCUGCUGGUCUGUUGGUAGGGAUGGAGAGAUCAGGUUAUUUCUGGGUCCAUGUCCAUAUUGCAUGUGUUCACUCGUAGGUCUGUUUCAUUUCUGCAUUAAUGUGCAUUUUUAAAAAAAUCAAUAUUAAAGUCCACGUUUCUUUUCUUUAUUUCUUUUAUUUAAAUAAUUUCAGUGCCACUUUACCUCUCCAAAUAAUUUUAAAGUUGUUUACAGCCUGUCUUAAUACAUCAGAACAUCUGUGGGAUUCUGUCCCCAGGCCUAGAGCCAACUUUGAACAUUAUUCAGCAUUUUAGUGUGAAAUUCUCCCAAUGAGCAUAUUUUUGUGUAUGGUUUUGACUUAUGCACACAUUUUUCCAAGCAGUUUCUCUUAAUGUAAUGCAUUUCGUAUGUUGCUUUUCACUAACUUAUUUGUUUCUAUGCACCCUUUCCUCCUAAUACCUGCAUUUUUGUAAACACUGGUCGGUUGGAGAGCUGCAUUGCAAAUUUUGGAUAAUUGUGAAUUUGGAAAGAAGGCUGUGUUUUGGUCUUUGUAGAGAUUUGGAAAGUGUGAAUUUGAUAGGUUUGGCUUUAAAUGGAAUCAUUUUUCACCCACAUCCCUAAGCAGGGCCAGUAGUUAAGGUGUGAUGGGAGCUGAUCUCUAACAACCUGUGGAGGGAAACCAAGUUAGGCUGGGAAUGUCCCCUGCCUGAAAUCCUGGAGAGCAGCUGCUGGUCAGUGUCAACAAUACUAAGCUGGAGGACCAAACACUCUGACUCUGAGUCUAGAGCUGCUUCCUGUGUCCCUGGUGAAAACACACCUGGUUUUAGAGCACCUGGAGAAUGAUUUGCCUUCUCUUCCAGCUUGACGGACAAUAAUUUUCAGGGUGGAGAUCUGAAGAACUUGUGCUUGGCCUUGAGGAGGUGCACUGGUGUAACUGAGUUAGAGUAAGUUCCUUUUUUAUUUUCAUACUUAUGCCUUGCACUGAAUAACCAGGCUUUGGUGAACGUUGACAUUCACACGCCAACACAAACAAUUCCAUGUAAAUGUCAUGAAUGUCUGAAAAGGGUGUACAGGCAUCCUACUUUUUGGGUUCAUUGAUGUUCCCCUUGCUGUGUAUCAUUCCGUCUUCCAUGAGGAAGAAUGGAAAUGAAAAUAAAUUGUACCUAAUAUAAUUAAUUCCGCCAGAAAAGCCAUAUCAUAAUGUAUAAAUACAAAGUGGAAAUGUAAUUUUGCCUUCCUUUCAAUUGUAGCUUGUCCAGUAAUUCUCUGGGCGACACAGGUGUCUUGAAGGUGGCUGAGCUCCUUCCUCAUCUGAACGCAUUACGUUCUUUAACGUAAGUAAAAGUCCAGGUUCUCUGUAUUUAAUUGACUGACAGGAGACAAACUGAUGCAAGAGGAAAAGGGCCUUUUUGGUGGCUGCCCCCAAACUGUGGAACUCCUUGAUCUGAUUUAUUAGAUUCAUAUAUUGCUUUAUACUAAAAGAAGUCUGAUAUCAAUUUCCAAUGUUUAUAAGAUUAUAAAAAUACUAAAUAGUAACAACUUAUAAAACAACACACAACUUCAGUACAAUAACACUUGUAAAAGGACAUUCAGUCAAGUCUAGAUUGAGUAACUGUAACCAUUCAAUCAAAGUUGCCCAUAUCUCUGGGAUAAUAAAGCCAUUAUUACCUGGUGCUGAAAUUAUAGUCCAGCUGGUGCCAAGGGUGUAUUCCUGGGGCGAGCGUCCCACAGAUGGGGAGAGCUUUUGUGGAGGAGUCCUCAGGAAGCUCAGCUGGCCCUCAUUCUUGCUAUUUUUCAGCAGAUGGUGAAGACUUUAAAAAAAUCCUGGUAGGCUUUUGUUCUGAGUACAUAAUGUUACUAUCUCAUGAUUCUGUCUCAUCUGCUGGGCCUGUCUGUUUUCUUUGACAUUUUAUAUUUGAUGGAGUGUAUUAUAUUACUGUAUUAAGGUUACUGACAUAAUGGUUGGUGGAGGCAGUGUGUGCCCAUAGAACUCCCUGCACAUAGAAACGAAGCAUUUCAAGGGGAGAAGGCAAGACUGUGAGCCUUCUCUCUGAACUGCUACUUUUCUCCCUGUGGGGUAUGGAGGACCUUUCAGUCGUGAGCAACCCAAACGUCCAUGUUGAAGUGGGAUGGCCCAAAUUAUUGCAACCUCAGUGAGAAUCAGGACUCCAGGGGUACUUGCAGGAUUUUCAUAAGGAUGGCAAUGGGAACUCUCCUACCAUUAGGUGAUAUCCCAGGUUUGCCACAGUCUGAAUAGCUCUAGAGCGCUGAGUACGAUUAAUUGGACAUCACUUGUUGUGAAUUGCAGGCAUAGGGGGAUUUUGAUUGGGGUUGUAGCCGGGGCAAAGUUAGUUAGUUAGUUUCUUGCAUUUAUAUCUCACCUUUUUCUCCAUGAAGCUCAAGGUGGCUUACAUGUUGCAUUUAUACUCACAACAGCCUUAUUGGGGAAAGCAAGAGCUUAUCAAAUAAAUCCCCACCUUUAUCCAAGCUACAGCUUAUGUAACAAAACCAACAGCACCCUGCUUUAACAAUCCCAAGAAAACGAGAAACCGUAGCUCAUUUUGGAAAUGCAUCCCUUAGAACAACCUUUCUUAACCUUUAAUGGGUCCCCAGAUGUUUUUGGACUAUGACUCCCAUCAUCCCUGCCGGUCUUAAUGGGCACAUGCCACCACCAAAUGAAUCUCCAUCCACUAACAGGAGUGCUUUUGUGGAGACUCAGUUAGCCUGGACCCAGGGGCCUUGUAACAACAUUUGGGGGUCGCAGAGUGACCUCCAAGGUCUCCCCACACAGUACUACCAACCUCUGAUCUGAGCACUUUAUAUAGCAGUUUUCUUCUGCUGCAGACUUGGGUCUCCUUCAUGCUUUCUAGGCUGGAUCAUAACAAUAUGUCUAUGGACGGGGCCUUUCGCUUGGUGCAAUGCUUCGCUGACUUGGAACAUAUGACGUCCAUGGUGCUAUGGUAGGUCCAGCAGCUGUUUCUCCUGCCAGAGCAGUCUGAAAAAUAAUAACAUUCCUGCAUUUGGUCACAGUUUUGCUCAUUUGACCCUCCUUUUUUUAAAAAAAGAAUAUUUUUAUUAAAUUUGUAGUAAAAAAUACAAAUGCAGAUAAGCAGAACAAGCAAGAACCAUAAGCAAUAACAACCACAGCAAUUGUAGGACUACCCCUCCCCUUGGUACCUGUUUUUCCUUCAUAUCUUCUCAAGAGCUUAUGAAAUCUCUCCAGUAACAUUAAAACAUUUAUAUAUCAUUUUAGGAAAAGGCACUAUCGGAUAUACCUAAUUGUUGACUAAAAUAAAAAAUGACUAUAUCUGUGGUACAAAACAGUAAAAUUGAAUCCCUCUUUAAAAAAGAAGACUACAAUAUAGGGGUUCCUAGGGAAAUAUUGUUUGCAAAGAUAUUGGGGGAAAGGUAACUUAUUAAAAACAACAGCAACUGUAUAUCUAAUUUACCAAGGUAUUCUAACGCAUGUGGUUAAAACAGAUUCAAUCAAAUUCAUGAAUUCCAAAUUGAUAUUCUAAUCUCUUUCUCAUUGCAGUUUGGGAAGCACCCAGAAAGUUCACUUAACAUUUGGGGAAAGAAUAAGGUAAAGGUAUUUCCUGUUGGUAUACUUUGGGGUGGAAGACCAUUGACCAGUGUGGUGCCGCAGGAUUCUGUCCUGGGCCUAACGCUGUCCACCAUCUUUAUAAAUAACCUGGAUGAAGGAAGGAAUAGAGGGGCUGCUCAUCACAUUUGCAGAUGACUCCAAACUGGGAAGGUUAGCUAACACCAUAGAAGAUGGAAUAAGGAUUCAAGAUGACCUUAACAGAUUGGAGAACUGGGGCAAAACUAACAAAAUGAAUUUCAGUUGGGACAAAUGAAAGGUUCUGCACUUAGGCAGGAAUAAUCAGGUAUACAAAUAUAGGAUUGGGGGGGGGGGCACAUGGCUUGGCAGCUAUACCUGUGAAAAUGAUCCAAAGGACUAAGCAGACUACGAACUUAAUGUGAGUCUACAGUGUGAUGCAGCAGCAAAAAAAGCUAAUGGUAUUCUAGGCUGCAUCAAUGAAAGCAUAGUGUCCUGAUCAAGGGAAGUGAUAGCACUGCUCUAUUUUGCUUUGGCCAGACCCCACUUGGAGUCCUGCAUUCAGUUCUGGGCACCACAAUUUAAGAAGGAUAUUGACAAGCUGGAACAUGGGCAGAGGAAGAUGACCAAGAUGAUAAAGUGUCUAUAAACCAAGCCUUAUGAGGAAAAGUUGAGGAAGCUGGGCAUGGUGUGUAGCCUGGUGAUAUGGGAGUUAUUUUUCAAAUAUCUGAAGGGCUGUCACAUGGAAGAUGGAGCAAGCUUGUUUUGUGCUCCCCCAGAGAGUAGGACCCCACCAAAUUAAUUCAAACUACAAGGAAUGAGAUUCCUAAUCAACAUUAGGAAGAACUUUCUGCGGGUAGAUUAUAUUCUACAAAAAACAGUGAUUGAAAAUGGAGCGAUGGAGAAGAAUGAAGGAUUCAUAAUGCACUGGUUUUUCACUCCAGAAAAAAAGGACCAGGGCGCUCAGAUUUCCAGUCUUCCCCAGGGUAGAAAUCCAAGUGAAGAAAAUAUUGGACGCAUAAUCUAAAUGUCCCUUCAAGUUGACUAACUUGGUAGAUUUUCUUUUCAGUCCCCAAAUGCUCCAUGUGACUGGUGAGCAUAGGAGGGAGCUGCUGGAUUCAGUACCUAACUCAAUCUAUGACCGUUGCUUUUGGUAAGGUGCUUCUCUCUGUGUGUGUCUGUGUGUCUCUCUCUCCCUGCCCCUGUGUUAGGAGUAAAGCAGCAAUGUAGUGUCUGCUUGAUGGUAAAGUGGAUUACUUCUAUUGCAUGCCAUGUUUGAGAGGUGAGAUACUCCAGGGGAUCCGAGUGCUUACCCUGGCUUCUGUUUCCUUGGAAUGAAGUAUUUUUAGGAUAUAGGGCUUUAUUUACAUAUAUACACAACCUGAGCAUUGGAUGGAGGGGCUCAAGGGUGCAAAUGAGCAUCCUUGCAAGGCAGCAGAUCAGAUCCCCAGAGAUCCCUUCUGCAGCAAUCAGCAUUUAGCCAGCUGCCUCCCCUUCUUCCUUCUCUAUUGCAAAACUGUUAACAUGGUGCACAUUAGCAGUAAAGGUGCCACCUCCCCCAAGCUCUACUGGAUAUCUCAUUUGGAAACACAGGGGGAGUCCCAGCUACAAGAAGACCAUCUCAUAACCACUGGUUCUCAUUGGUUCCCACUGGACUACUUGCCAGGAACCUGGCAAAGGAGUAGUCAGCUAGCGGCCAUAACAGGAUCUCCCAAAUGUUCUUUUAUACUUUCAAAAAUAUUGAUAUUUGUGUUCUGCUUUUUUCAAGAACAAAUGCUGAGCUCAAAGUGCCUCACAAUAAUCACAGUAGCAUUUAAAAACAACAACACAACACUGCAAUUACUGUAAUAUCAUUUAGAUGCAGUAGCAUCUAAAUAAAGCAAACAAACAAUAUUCCUUUUCUUCCAUUGUUGGAAUCCUUCACAGACUUACAGAAAAUACCUUUUUGUGUUUUUAACAAAAAUAAAAAAUCAUGCUUGGACUUCAGAAGUUAGCCUGGAUCUUAGUGAAAAUGAUAUUGUUUCAGCAUUUUUUUUUUAUUUUUACUUUAUUAUAAGUAUUUUAUAUUGCUUCAACAUUUUGUUACUACUACUAAUAACAACAACAAUAAUUAUUAAUUUGUUUCAACAUUCCCCCCCACAAAAUAUAAUUACAUUUUACUGAUGUUAUAGGUUCCUGAAUAAAGGACAUGCACAAUCCCUCAGUUUAACUCAUCUCUUUCUCCAAUAGACCCAUCAAAUAGAACUAAAGCUGUGCUAAACUUUGAUUUAAAUAUUCGAAGUGCUAAUCAGGCUCUGUGUUUCAGUCUCAAGGAAAGUAUGAUGGACCUAAAGGAUGUUGACCGAUUGUUUAAACGUCUAAGUACAUGUUCUGGACUGACCAAGAUCAAGUAAGUGAUCAAGGUCAAGUAGGCAUUGUGUGAAUGAACCAAUCUUAUUCAUUUAAAGCCUAUAGACCUGCUCAGUUUAUGUAGCCAGAUUAAUACAAUAAGAACACAAAACUAAAUUCCUAUUGGUAUCCAGUGUUUUAAUGCAUAAUCCUCCCAUAAUGCAAUUUGGGAAUAGGCUGCUCUUUGGUAGGAAAAAAUAAUGCAAGUGAAUAUAGAAUGAGCCUGCCUAAGUCCUCAGAUUUCCUGGAGAGGUCCUUCUCGCAGCUCUGUCAAUUCUAAGGCUCAUUUGGGAGGGACAUGAGGCAGGGCCUUCACAAAGGCUGCACCCAAAGUUUUGAAUUCCCUCCCUAGGGAAUUCCCUCCCCACCUAGCCCCUUUUAUGAAGCUAUUGGGCAUGGCUUUCCCCUAUCAUACUUGUUCAUAGUAGACUUCCUUCUUCCAACAAGUUUGUAGAACAUGUGGCGUAGUGGUUAGAGUGUUGGCAUAGGACCUGGGAGACCAGGGCUCAAGUCUCUACUCAGCCCAUGUAGCUGACUGAGUGACAUUUGGUCAGUUGUAGUCUCUCAGCCUGGUAUACCUCACAUGGUUGUUGUGAGGAUCAAAUGGAGAAGGGGAAAACCAUGUACUCCACAAUGCGUUAUGCAAAGGAAAGGUGGAUAUAAAUGUUUUGGUAAUAAUAAUGUUUUGAAUUUUCCACCCUGGCUGUGUAGCUUGUCUGGCAACUCGCUGAAUGAUCAAAGUGUUGAACGACUUCUGAAAUUCCUGCCCUACUUCAACAGUGUGGAGCUCUUAAGGUGAGUCUGGGAGCCUCUGCUGGAGAACUGCUACCAGUCAGAGUGGACAUUGUCGGGCUAGGUGGCCCAGCAGUCUCACUCAGCCCAAGGAAGCUUCACGUGCCAGAUCCCCAGGGGUGACCCAAAUAUGAUUAUUUCUGUUUCCCCCUCUCACAGUCCAAGGCUGCCAGAGGCAAAUAAACCCACAAACAUCUUUCCUAUUCCUUGGCAAUAAAAAUAAAAUCGGUAAUAAUAAAAAUACAUGAGAAGAUUCACAAUUCAUUGCUCUUUCAUGACACGCAAAUGCAGCUUGCUUCUGAGGAGGCCACUGCACUUUGUCAAAUGAUAGGGCCGGCCCUUCUGUCUUUUAAGAUGGUGGGUUAGGGGAAGGAUGUUAGGUAAAUAUCAUGAGGACCUGUGCCUUGGAAUGAGGGGUGGGGGAGAAUUGGGGCAAUGAGAAACUGAGGGAAACUGAAGUUGACAGAUUCACCCAUCCCUACUUGGUUGGGACUGAUGGGAAUUGUGGUCCAAUUGUAGUCCACUUGGAGGACACCACAUUGGUCAAGAUUGCCCAGGUUUGCUACAUUAUAUUCUCAAUACUGGGAAACACUUAAGUAUGGGCUGAUUCACUCAAACCAUUUUUACAUGGAAUUUUCCGUGGUCAACCCUAACAUGUUGACCCCCUUUUUUGGUACACUGUCUCGUUCAGUGAGUGUUCAGUUCUUUGAGAGAGAAUCACUGCAACUCAGCCAACAUUUGAAAAAUGCUUCUUGAAGAUGUUGAGAUGCCACCUUGGUGUGUCUUCCUGACACACUCACAAAACACACCAAGAAGUAAAUAUGUUUUUAAUUUGAAUUUGGUAUCAUGCAUGCUUUCAGAAUUAUAAGUCACUUUGAGACCUAUUUGUAGUAAGUAAUAAAUAAAUGUAACAAAUAGUAAUAGAAAUAAUGAAUUACUGACCUUGCUGAUUAACUGCCAUAUUUGCAAUGGCUCCAUAUGCACAGUUGAUCUAUUGACAGUUGGGAUCCACAGACUGAUUUUCAACUCAGCAUUUGGACAUUUCUGCUUCUUCCCACCUCUCUCCUACAGCAUCACAGAGAGCAAGUUUUCAUCACAUUGUGUUUGCUUGCUGGCCAACUCAGUUAACCAGUGUAAGAGAAUCUGCAGAGUGGAAGUCAGGUAGGUCAAGAAUCCAGGAAUAUCAGGACAUGGAGAACUUCUGACCUCCUCUCCCCUUCCAACUUGAUCUCCAAGAGUCAAAAGAACAGAGCCUUCACUCCUGCUGCAAUUCUAGGUGAAGAAGCUCCAUAAUAUUAAUCCUUAGAUCAGUGAAACCAUCCAUGGCUACCAGCCACAAUGGCUAUGUUCUGCCUCCAGUGUUGGCAGCAUCCUGCCUCUGAAUACUAGAGAGGAGAGCACUGCUGUCGUGCUCAGGUCCAGGCUUCCCAUACACAUCUCAUUGGCCACUGUGAGAACAAGAUGCUAAACUAGACAGGCCAUUGGCCUCCUCCAGCAGGACUCUUCUUAAGUUAUUAUGUUCUUAAUUCCAUCCCUUUAUUUCUACAGUUUUCCUUUUCAUUGCACCCAACAGCUGCAGAAAUUCAGUGGAGUUGACUAGAAUACACAAAACGGCAGAUGUUCUCCUGUGCUUUCUUUGGGAUGGGCAAUUGGAUGUGCAUCCUCCUUGUUUAUCACCCACCCCCGAAAGUGAAGUGGGUGGAAAUCAGAGAUGGGGGAGGCAGGGAUCUGGAAUAACCUUAACUUUAAUCCAAUCAGCCUCAGCCACAAUAGCCAGUCAUCUGGGAGGAUGUGGGUUGUAGUGCAAUAACGUCUGGUUGAAGGCUGCCUCAGUUCCUAGUCAAGGUAUUUCCUUGUGUGUUUAUAGAUCAAGUGAAAAUGCUUUUCUGCAUUUUGUGAAAAGUGAAGAAAGCCAAGAAAUAUGCUGCAGGUAUGUGCAAACCGAUAAUCCUUAUUUCAUGACAAUUUUGCUUCUUUCAAACAUGCUGAGUUUUCCCUCCUGGCCCUUUGGAAAUCCUCUUGGAUCGUUGGCUUUGAGCAUGUUGUUCUCAGUCCACCUAAAUAAAUUUAGAAAUGCUCAUGCUCUUGAAGGAUGGGAUAAACUUCACCAGCCUUUAUUGUUUUCCUUUUACAUUUCCAUCACAUCUUUCAUCAUUUUUAUUAUUAUUAUUAAUUUUUAAAAGACUAACCUCUAACUUUCUUACUUGUCUGCCCUCUAACAGACUAACUGAUUGUGGCAUUGGCAAGUGUGAGAUCGUAGAGCUGUGCCCCAUCUUUGAGAAGUGUGACCGUCUUGCAGAACUGGAGUAAGUGUCAUCUCCAUUGCGACUAUGAAUGCAUCAACCAUGAUGAGCCAGGAUCAUGCCACACCUUUGCUGGAGACUUUUGAACCAAGGUUGGGUGGCCAUCUGUCAGGAAUUCUUUAGCUGCGAUUCCUGUAUUGCAAGAGGUUGGACUAGUUAACCCUUGGGGUCCCUUCCAACUCUACAAUUCAAUGAUUCUAUUAUUUGGGCAUUGCUGGGACACUAACUUUGACUCACCAUAGAAAUGUAUAAUGGACUGUUGUGGUGGCUUCUGUAUACAAAUCCAGGAGAGCUCUGUCUGCUUAUUUCCUUUUCAGUCUUUCUGGAAACCAUAUUGGCAAUGAAGGACUAAGUUGCCUCUUAGAACAUUUGCCCAGGACCCACAUUCCCUGCCUGAUGAAGUAAGUAAGUGGGUGCAAGAGGGAUAGCUAUGGGAUUGGGGGUGGGAGGUGUCCUAAGCCCACUUCUGGCUCUUUAACUUGCACAUACACAAUAACAGCUACUGACAUUCUCAAAUCAUCCCAUAAAGUGCUUUCCAUCAUCUGGAACAAACUUUGAGCUAACAAUAAAUCCUGGGAAACACCUUCAAGAGAGAGCACAGUACUUGGAAAGCUUUGCGCUUGUUUUCCAUAGGUUUGUAUCUCUAAGGAACAUCCAGCCUGUGAGGUGAAGGGUUGCACUGUAACAUGUAGUCGCCUCCUAUGUUUCAGCCACACCCCAGUUUUCUGGUAUCCUAUCCCCGGUGGAACAUCAUUCCAAUGUUCAGGCUGUGAGUGCCGUUCCAUAUGCAGCCAAAAUGGCUGUGCCAUUUAGGGGGAGGUGUCUGCAGGCUUGAAGGAAUAACAAGGUUCUCAGAAGCAUAUGAAAUAUUUAAGGGGGAGCCCUAACCUGAGGGAACCCCCAAAACAACCUAAGGAGGAAUCAGUGUGUUCAAGAGCCUGGAACACUUACUGACUGUUUGCAAGGUGAAAAUAAGCAGCGUUUGUGUGUCAGUGAGGAAGGGGGUCUAAGUAUAUUAAAGACCCUCCAUCUUCCUGUCAAGAUUGAGUACCUGAAUGCCAUUAGGUUAAUGACUGGCACCCAGGAGUCACGGGACCAUUGCCUGAUCAGGGGUUAGGAUGGUGGAUAUAAUCCCAGAAAGGUUAUGGAAAGACCGUUUACAUUCUGCUACCUUGUCCCCCUUUCCUUCUGGUAUCCCUCUUGAUCUGCUUUACAAUGGACAAAGCAGCUUUUGCCUUGGGUGGGAGGUCCAGGCUGUUGAGCAGGUAUCUGACCAGUCUUAGGAAUGGAAUGGAAAAAACUGCACACACUGUUGUAGACCACACUGAAAAAUAAUCUGAAACAUUUUCCUCUUCCCCCUUCUGCAUAGAAUCAACCACAACGGGAUCUCACAAGAUGGCAUUCUCCAUCUCGCUCAUGUCUUUGCCACGUGCCAAAAUGUGGCUGAAGUUCAUGUGAGGUAUAAUUGCUUGUAAUUUCUCUUCCCCAAGCCCAACACAUACAGCUUGUGCCUUGGAACUAAACUGGAGUUGGAGUGUGUGUAUAUAUAUAUAUAUAUAAUUUCUUAUUUUUACCCCACCCAUCUGGCUGGGUUUCCCCAGCCACUCUGGGCAGCUUCCAAGAAAGAUUAAAAAUACAUUAAAAUGUCACACAUUAAAAACUUCCCUGAACAGAGCUGCCUUCAGAUGUCUUCUAAAUGUCAGGUUGUUGUUUAUCUCUUUGACAUCUGAUGGGAGGGCGUUCCACAGGGCGGGCGCCACUACCAAGAAGGCCCUCUGCCUGGUUCCCUGUAGCUUUGCUUCUCGCAGUGAGGGAACUGCCAGAAGGCCUUCGGCGCUGGACCUCAUAUAUAUGGUUGGGGGAUAACUUAAUACGAAAGGGUUUUUAAUGUGGAUUCAGAAAGGGCUGAACUUUCAGAUAUGGAGGCAAAGUUUACAAUUGCACCUAAUGGGAGCAUAGCAGAAAGCAUAAAGAAAUGGGUGGGAGAUAGAGGGAGUGGCUUGAUUGACUGCCGUGCAUGUGUGGAAUGAAGAGACUGGGCACUUUGAGGGCUGGGGCUCCUACCAUAAGCUCCUCCCUUCAAAGGCCACAUUCAUACCAUGCAUUUAAAGCAUUGUGAUACCGCCUAAAGCAAUCAUGGCUCACCUCAAAGAAUUAAGGGAGAUGUAGUUUGUGAAGGGUGCUGGGAUUUGCUAGGAGACCCCCAUUCCCUUCACAGGGCUACAAUUCCCAGUGUGGUUUAACGGCCAGUCCCUCUUCUCAGGGAACCCUGGGAAUUGUAGUUCUGUGAUGGGAAUCUGGGGGCCUCCUGAUAGCUCUCAGCACUCAUAACAGACUAUAGUUCCCAGAAUUCUUUUGGGGGAAGAAGCCAUGACUGUUUAAAGUGGUGCCAUAGUGUUUUAAAUGUAUUGUGUGACUGUGGCCUCACACCUUUCUCUAAUCAAAAGCAAUGGGUAGGCUUCAAAUGUGUUUUCUGAUAUGCAGUCUAAGGUACUAUUUUAUUCAGUCAGCUUUGCUAUCGAUAGUUGUCCCAGUGCACAUUUAUGUUGCAAAUGCCUCUGCUGUUCUGCAUGAACAUGGUUACAGUAAAUAGUAUCAGAGAUUAAAACAUCAGUCAUAAAAAACUUCCCUAAACAGGGCUGCCUUCAGAUGUCUUCUAAACGUCAGAUAGUUGUUUAUUUCUUUGACAUCUGAUGGGAGGAAAGACUCAAGAAAGACUGGCGUGGAAAGCUACUCAGAGGUAUUUCAGAAAGGGAAGUGUUGGAAUAAUAGAGAGGGGAGUAAGAUUGUUUCAAAAGGAUGUUGAAAUACCAGAGAGUAAACACUGGUGGAACAACGUUUAAAGUUGCCUCCCACCUGUUUUUGUUUUUCUAAAAAUGUGUGUCUUUCUCUUUGCAGUUUGUGCUCUGAGGCAACACUGCUGAUCACCCUAGUGAGAGAAGAUAAACCUCAAAAGAUCCUGAGGUAAUUAUUUGAACAUUAUUCUACUCCCCUUGCGAAAUGGAGCAAGACAGUCUUUACAGCAGGGGUGUGGAGAAUCUUUUUCAGCCCAAAGUCUACAUUCUAUGGAGAGCUUUUCAGGGGCCACAUGUCAGUGGCGGUCAGGGGCCAGAGGCAUGACUGAACUGCUAGCCUGCAGUGAAAAGUAAGUUAAUGAACUCCCGUAAGCCCAAAGCAUCCAUGGAAGAGGGAGCAUGCUGCUUCUCUGCGUGGUUUGCUUGUUUUGCCUUCCUUCCUACCAAUGAAGUUCUGCUUUGGUUGAGUAAUUGACUGUAUCCUUGCAUCAGAUGUGUUUCAAUAACCCAGUCACUUCUGAUGCAGACACACAGUGGAGGUUAACUCAGAUGAGGUUGCCUGUUGCCACCCUCUGUGAGUUGCUCCUCUCAGCUUUCUGCCUUACUAGCAGCAGUCGUGCUCAGAAAAGAAACAUGACUGACAGACAAACCAGCAAAAACAAGGGUGGGGGAGGCUUCUCUGAAGGCAGACCAUGCUAACUCUUACACACAUAAUAACAGAGCAUGAAUCCAAUUUUAUUUUUAUUUAUAAAUGCUUCCCUCACCUGUCAGGUGCACUGUGCUAUGAAGUAAAGAAUCUACCAUAGAAGGGAAAGGGCUAGCUAAUGCUAGAUAUAGAACCUGGAACUAAGGGUGGGAGGACCUGCCUAUUUUGGUUCUCUCUGUUUCUCAUUUUUCCAAUCUUAAAUUCAGUUCUUCAAAUUUAUGAAGCAAUCUGCAAAUUAUUAUUAUUAUUUUAAAUCAUGAAAAUUCUUCAGCAUUUAUGGGCAAUUUUUUCCUAAUACAGAGGUACUUCAAGUUACAAACGUCUCAGGUUAUAAACGCUUCAGGUUACAAACUCCGCUAACCUGGAAGAGUUACCUCGAGUUGAGAACUUUGCCCCAGGAUGAGAACGGAAAUCGUGUGCUGGCGGCGCAGCAGCAGCAAGAGGCCCCAUUAGCGAAAGCACGCCUCUAGUUAAGAACAGUUUCAGGUUAAGAACGGACCUCCGGAACGAAUUAAGUUUCUUACUAGAGGUUCCACUGUAAUCACCUUUUUGUAUGCAACUUCUCAAAGCAAUUUCUCCCAAUAAAGUUCAUAUCUGUAUAUUUCCACCAAUAUAUUCAUUUUUAUGCACACACCCCCCCCUGAUCUAUGCAUUUUUGCAAACAUUGUUUGAUUGGAGAAGUGCAUAGCAAAAUUAGGCCGAGUGCAAAUUUUCAAACAUGGCAGUGUUUUGCUUUUCACAUUGUUUUAGAAAGUGCAAAUUAGAUCAAUUUGCUUUUAACUGUGAGUUGGAUUUCUCCCCUUCCCAUGCCUAGGACCUUCUGUAUGCAAAGCAGAUACUCUUAGUGAGCUUUGGCCCUCCUUCCAAGUCAUCUAGAGGAUCUCUUUAGAAACAUUGUGUUUCUAAAGAUGGACUGCCUUUAGAAAUCACUGUAAGUUCUUGACCUACCCCAAAGGAGCUCACUUGACAUGAUUCCUCUUUUCUUCCAGCAUGAAGCAGUGCUGUUUCCAAGCAAAACAUCUGGCGGUGCUGUCCUCUUCUCUGGGCAAGUGCCUUGCUCUGAGCGACUUCACGUGAGUUUUGCUACUUCUGUCAUAAACACUAGUCCCAUUUUGAUUGACGUGAAACACUACUCUGGUUCCUUUAAGAACAGAGUUAUAAUAAGACACCCUCAAAAGAUUUGCUCUCUUUGCUCUUAGGUCAGCUAAUAAUGGCAUGAUGCUCAGCAGUGCAGAAGAUCUACUCAGAGCCUUAAGGAAAUCGGAGGGCAUGCUAAGAAUAGGGUAAGCAUUUCUUUUCUGUCAUCCAGUUGAAUUCAAUCUGUCAGAGAUUCCACUCUGCUUCUAGUCUUUUGCUUAGGGUGUAUCUAACAGUUACAUGGGGUGCACAGCCGCUGCAGCCCCUUGUCUCCCUAGUAACCUCUUGAAAACAUGAUCUAAGAUGUUGUAUUUGGAAGUUGCUCUUGCAAAUGUGGGUCAUAAAAACAUCAAAAAUGUCCUGCUACAUCCCAUAAUUCAGCCAACACAGGUUCUCCUCUGCAGAUCAGCAGACAUAGUCCAUUCUUCUGCAUGCAUUCUUAAAAGAAUUCCCAUUCAGGGGGAUUUGCUCCCAUGCAACUGUAAGGACACCAGAAGAACCUGCUGGAUCAGGCCAGGGGCCCAUCUGGUCCAGCAUCUUGUUCUCACAGUGACCAACCAGGAAGUCCAUGAGUGGAAGCCUGAGCGCAACAGCAUUCUGCCCACCUGGUAUUUAGAACCACUACUGCCUUUGGCAGGGAAGACGGAAUGUAGCUGUAGUGAUUGGUAGCCAUUGAUAGCUUUUUUUCCUUCCAUGAAUUUCUCUAAUGCACUUUUAAAGCCACCAAGCUGGUGGGUGUCAUUGCAUCUUGUGUUUCUCUGGGUCUUGGAGACCUAACUCAAAUCUUAGCUGGGGGCCAAAUUCCACCUUAUGGGUGAGGAUGAAGCACCCACCAAAACCCAAUAGCUUUUGCCUUUCUCCACAUUUAUUGUCACAUCUGUGACUAAACUUCCCAGUACUUACCUGGGAAUAAGAAUGGUCAGGCCAAUCUCUUUCCAGCCUUCAACGUUCACAUUAUUUUUGUAUGAAUAUUUCCCACAAAACACACACUUUUAUAUGCAUUUUAACCUAAUUAUGCCAUUUUAUAUGCACUGUUGUACAUUUUGGGGGCCAAGAACUAUAUUGCAAAAUUCAGAAAAUGGAAGGAAAGCUGUUUUGGGUCCAUUUAUUAGUCUGGGUAGUGCAAACCUAGUUGGUUUUGCUUCUAAAUGCAUAUAAAACAAAACCCUCUGGCAUCCCUGCUUGGGAAUAAGCCCCACCAAACUCAGCAGGAUUCACUUCUGAGUGAGUGUACAUAGAACUUUGCACUGUAUUUAAACAAAAAACAAGCAAACAAAACCAGGUGAGGCCUCACAUGGGCCAAUCUUCUAACAAAGCAACAUAUGUGUGUCCUUUGCAUUGCAGCAUCGAAGAGCCUUGGGUGAAAGAUGAAAGCAUCAUUAUCCUUCUGAAGCUGGCUGCAGAAGUCCAGGGAAACAUCACAGCCAUCACGUAAUUAGUUCCUCUGUGUGCCUGCCUUCUUGACUUGUUGUUUUAGGAAUAAAAUACAUGGUUGGCAGAAAAAGAUGGUGAACAAACCCUGUGAAAGCCUUAAAGGGAGAUCAUUUUCUCCCUAAGAACAUGUUUCUGUAUUUCAACAGAGCUGGCCAUGGAUUUCAGAGCAAAGUCUGGAUCAGGGAUGGGGGACGUGUGGCUCCCCAGAUCUGGUUGGACUCUUAACACCCAGCAUCCCUGAGCACUGACCAUGUUGACUGAGGCUGAUGACAGCUGUGGUCCAAAACAGGUUAGGCUGAGGUGGGGAACUUGUCGGCUGGGGCUGACGAGAGUCCAACAACAUCUGGAGGGUCCUCAGGCUCCCUGUUACUUUGCUAGGAGCAGCCACUGUGGCAUACGCUCCUCUGUGGUUGUGGUUGUGCUGGCUGGGCUCUAUAGUUCAAAACCUCUGGAGAUGCCGGGCUGUCCUAUGGGAAAUGAAUCCAGAUCAAAAGGCCACAAAGUGUGUUGAAAAGGUCUCCCUGGAGAAGAUGGAGCUGGGUCAUACCUCUUGUCUUACCUUUAGUCUUUGCCAGUGAUUACUGGAUUGCAGGGGGUUGGACUAGAUGGCCCAUGGAGCCCCAUCCAACUCUACAGUUCUAUGAUUCCUUGCAUUCAAGCCCACACAAUGCAAAGAUGUCAGAGGGAGGGGGAACCUAGGUAUCCAACGUUGGAGGUGGGUGAAAGGCCGCAUUCCACCUUCUCCACACAUUUCCACUUUCUUCUGCCGUACCCACAAGUAAAGCACGAAUAGCACUUUGUUCUUCAGUUUCUGUUGGGCAGCCUGUACGAGGCAGGGCAAACUUGUUUCAGCUUUCUUGAUUUUUCCUUCCAUUUUUGGCUAGGCUAAGGAGAGACCAGGCCCUCUUCGUAGUGGAACAGGAAUUUCCUCGUCAGGAGGAGAAAGUGGAGUCCGUGGUCAGCCGGUGAGGAAGUCAUUGUUCUUUGGCUGGUGUGAUGGUUGUCCAUUGUACUAUACCAUGAUCCCAGCGCUCAUGACAUAGUUAAACUUUCAUUCAUUCCAAUGCACUAAAGUGGCCAAAGGACUACAAAGAAACCCUACACGAGGGUGGCGGUGGUGGAAAUCAAUUUUCAGCUUAAUUUGAAAAUCAGGGGUCCUCCCGGUUUCCACGCCCUUUGUCCAUGCAUAGGCAACUUCUGCUUAAGCUGCCCUUCUGUGUUCUCUUUGUGUGUUAUGUGUGUGUGAGGUCUGCAGGUUGCAUCAGUGUGAACUGGAAGCCAAAGGAGUCUGCUUUCUACCCAAGCUCAUUGAGAAAUGUAGACAACUCUGGGCAUUAAAGUGAGUGUGUGGAGGGGAGGGGGUGUCUCUCCCACAGUGGGGUUUGUUUGCUUUUUGUUUUGAUCACAGAGAGCUGCUUGCUGUGCUGCUGGCUGCAGCCAGACUUGAAAUCACCAGACAUUGGAAGUCUCCAUGGGGUCUCUCUAGGGAUGGGUGGCAUGGGAGGGUGUGAGGCAUUGCCUUGCCUUAGCACUUAACCCCUCAUAGGAGAGCUUUAAAGGGGUGACAAUAUGAGACCAUUUUGAUGUUGGAUGGCUUCCCUUUAUAUGGCUUCCCACUUUAAAAAUAUUGUUCUACGUAGGCCCCCAAUGACACAUGCCUUUAUGUAACAAGGCUGCCUUAUUGAUAUAUAGCUUUCUGCUUUCCCCAGCGACUACUUGUGAAUGUAUCACACCUGUCCUUUUGUCAUUCCAGCUGGUCUCAGGUACAGUUCACUGAUGCUGAAGCAGAAACCAUCUCUGACACACUGCCACAUUUUCCAUCACUGAAGAAACUUGGGUAGGUGUGAAUCGCUGUGUGCUCUGGAUUGUGUAUCUGUUGUGUGUCUCUGAGUGGCACCUUCCAGGAUUUGAACCUCUCUAGCGUCACACUCAUCCCCUCUUUAUUGUGAAAUGGUUUCAUUUUCCAUGCUGGGCUUCUCAUACACACCUUUCUUCUGUGAUCCAGAAACGCUUGAAUACAGGUUUUUAGAGUUAAAUACCAGUAGUGUAAAUUUAUGCAAAGUCUCUCCAGCUUGGCAAUUUAAAACGGGUGGAGUUAUGUAUUAUUAUGACUUUAAAACUAUCAUGUAGGCACUAAAUAAUAUAUUUAAACAGAAACCUAUUUAUGAAAAAUGGUUCAGUGUCUCUAAGGGAGGGGAAUGACACAAGUCCAAAACGGUGGGUGUAAUUUACUAUGCACAUGCUAACCUUUGCAGCAUAUCUUAAAGUUUAGCAGAUUUAUCAGCACCCUCAUCAAACUACGUUUCCCAAUAUUCUUUUGGUGAAGCCAUGAUAGUUAAACUGAUAUAAAACUGGUUUAAUCCAGACUCAGAGAAUGAAUGAGUUUCUAACAGUAUAUAGGAGGGGGCUGGGAACUUACGACUCACAAGUGUGGGGGACAGAAAUCUGUUCAGUUUGUAUUUUAAUGUAAACCAGUCAAAAUUGUACUUCUUGAACCAUAAUGUGAACCAAAACACAGUUCUCCAAUUUGUGCAGGGGUUGCAUUCCUGGCACUUGCACGUGUCAACAGAGCAUGCAUAAGCCCACCCUGCCCCACCCCUGUUCCACCCUCUUCCAGGUCGAAAGCGACCCAUGCAUUGGCGGCCGCACGUCAGUUGGACAUGCACAAAAUGGUCACCGCCUGUACUCUGCAUUAAGAUUGAGUGUUUAUGUUUGUUUAUGCCAUGGCCUCUUGACAUUUUAUAGCCACAUGGUGACAUCUUACAUUUAUGUCUCAUUUGCCACCCUGUGGUUGCAAAUGACUGGGCCAGGUUACAUUCAGUGGACAGAAAGCUGCUGACUACCCUAAACCUGCAAUGGUUUUGAAUUUCCAGGUUAACCUGUUGCAGUUUCCUUCCCCCCGGAAUGGAGCACCUGGCUGAAGCAUUGCAUCAGUGCCACACGAUUGAAGACAUUGAGUAAGUUUGAUAUCCAGUAUGUGAGUGACUGUGAUGGGCAUCUCUUUUUACCCUUGGUUAAAAUAAAUCACAGGCCUUCUGAAAACUGUCUCUGGAAAGACGGGGGCAAAGGGGUCAACAAGCAGACUAACACACCCACACCCAUAAAAUGAAGGAACAAAAUCAGUUUUGGCUAACACCUUGGCAACCACGGAAAUCUUAACCUGAUACCAAAAAGAUGGCAAUGUCAGUGUCAGAUGCAUCUCCUUAAAGAGACCAUGCCAAAGUCAGGGCACCACCAUAGAAAAGGCCCUCCCCUUGGUGCCUACACUAACCUGCCCCUGCUUCUAAAGGGGCUUGGAGAAUGGCCUCUACAGUAAUCCUUGACACACUGGAAGACUGGUAUCUGGGCCCCAGGCUCUUAUUGCAUUACUUUGGGUUGCCAUUUCCUCUCCCUCCUGCACAGUUAGCUGCAAACUGAAUAUGUAACUCUGCUCCUUUCUAGCUUUUCCAAAAGUGAACUUGGCAUGGAUAUCGGUGCUCUGAUGAACGCUCUGGAGGGAAAACUUCACCUGAAGAGCAUAAAGUAAGUGGCCUUUCAGUUGGCCUUAGGUUAGGACUAGAAGUGAUGUGCAAUGCGAUCCUGUAUUCUCUGCGGAUCAGGAGCUCUCCCCAGACCCAGCCUCCUUCAGUAGUUUUGCAUAGCUGGAGUAGGUUCUUGAACUCUGGUUGAAGGAUAGAGAGGGGUGUGUGUAGAAACUAGCCUGUUCUACCAAGGUUUGCCUAUAGCUCAGCCCACCAGUUACACAUGGCUCUCAGAAGGCUGCCCAGGUGGGACUGUAUCCUUCAUUCUCCACUUCAUUGGGUAUCCUACUUGCAUGUGACGUUACAGUGUGGCAUAAUGCCGCGUGGAUAGAGAAAAGUUUUUCUCCCUCUCUUAUAACACCUGGGACUCAUGGACAUCCAAUGAAGCUGAAUAUUGGAAGAAUCAGGCCAGAUCAGGCCAGGUCUUCUUCACACAGUAGAGAGUUAAAUUAUGGAACUCACUCCCGCAGGAUGGCCACCAACCUUGAUGACUUUAAAAGAGGAUUAGACAAAUUCAGGGAGGAGUGGGCUGUCCAUAGCUACUAACCAUGAUGGCUAUACUCUGCCUGCAUGGUUGGAGGCAGUAAUGCUUCUGAAGAUCAGUUGCUGGGAUCCACAGGAAGGGAGAGUGCUCUUGUGCUCAAAUCCUGCUUUCCGGUUUCCCAGAGGCACCUGUUCUGCCACUGUGGAAUAUGUAGGCCAUUGGCCUGUUCCAGCAGACUCAUCUUAUAUUCUUAAUGUUCUUGGAGUAAAAGGUCCAGGCAUAAACUGGAAUAGAAGGCAAGUUCUGGACCUUGAACAAAGACCAGGGUGUAGAUUCAGGACCACAGACAGUGGUCCAGCAGGUGAGGCAGAAAAUCUCACUGCAGUGCUUUGGAGCAACUUUAUAGCCUGGGCCAGGUAGUCAAGAUGAAAGCUCUGCCCUCUGAGUGCUGCACCUGGCCAGUUAAAGAGCCAGUACUCCUUUUCUGCUGCCAUUGGAUUUUUCUUGGCAUUGAGGAUCCAAGGACUCCCUUGGGAAAAGCCACUCCUGGGCAAUAGGCUCUAAUUCCAAUUGAUUUGCAUGGAAAGGAAUGAAUGAUGGCUCUAUCUCCUCAUUGGGGAGGGCUGUGCACUGAAGGAUUCCUGGGCUGGGGCUGGCACCAUUCUCACAAAGUCAGUCCCUUUGUUGCCUGAGAUGACAAAGGUCGAGUUAGGAGCAUAUAUUAUUUUCCAACACUACUCCGUAUUUGGAUGAUGCUGAAACAGUAUGUGGCUUAUACAUGGAUCGGGUUCCUACUUGCGAGUUUCCAGGUUUGCCAGAUUUUUUUUAAUGAUCUAACUUCCUCCCAGGAUAGUUCCUGUGUUUCCAGCUGGGCUGCCCAAAUAGCAGAGCUGCUGCCAGAGGAGUUCAGAUAUGUCAUUUCUAGCACUUCCUAUUCCUAUACAAGACAUUUGCCACGAGUCCUGCAAGGUCUGCUCCUCUGGCCUCUUUCCACCUGGCCUAGGAGGGCUGGGGGUGGGACCCUGACUGACUGUAGCCACAAGAGCUGUUGCCAGAGGGUCCAGAAGCCACCUUAGAUGUGGGUCCUUGCAGGACCUGCUGCUCAGGAUGCCUAGAGACUCUUGGGCUGGGGUUUUGUUUAGGAGUUUAUAUUGCAGUCAAGAUUUAACUGUGGAUGUGCUUGGUUUUUGCUGCUGUUGGUAUUAUGCUUUUGCAUUUUUAUUAGGCAUUAUGUGGAGGUUCUUUUAUUGUAUGCUUAUUGAGAUGUUUUCAUUUCUUGUUUGUAACUUAUUGAGUUUUGUUAAGUUUUUGUAAUUAUGUAAGUUUUUUGAGCAUGGUUUGACUAUGCAAAGGUGGCAUACAAAUAAAUAAUUUGUAUCAUUUGUAUCAACAGGGACUAGCCACAAAGGCUAUGUUCCAUCUCCACAGUUGGAUGCAUUAUGCAAUAUCAGUUGCUGGGAACUUUAGGUGGGCAGAGUUCUGUUGCACUUCUGUGGGCCUUGCAGAGGCACCUGGCUGGCCACUGGGAGAACCAGAUGCUGGACUAGACGGGCCAUUGGGCUGAUUCAGAGGGCUGUUCUAAUGUUCUGACAAUGAUAUUCUUAUUUACCGCUUAGCCUUGGCUCUCUGAAUCUCAGUGAUGCAGAUAUCCUCAAUCUGACCUCCAGACUGUCUUCAAUGCCUCUCCUGAAAAGACUUAUGUAAGUAUGGCUAUGAGUAGAGGUUCGAUGCAACAACAAAAUAUAUUUAUUUUGUCACUGUUCAGACCUGCCAGUUUCAGUGGCUGGCAAUAUGCAAGAGAACUUUAAUUUGCCCAGACCAAGGAAUCAGGUAGCUUCUUACCUGCAGCUGGAGCAAGUGCUGGGCCAGAAUCCAUCAUCCAAUUUUUCAAAAGUUUUCUUCCCCUGUGAAAGGGGCUUCUGUUUACUGAUCUCAUUCUUAGGUUGCUUUAGAAUUUAUUUAGAUUAAAAAAUAAUAAUUUUGGAAGGCAUGGGGUUGGGCUAAGGAAUGAACACAGAAGAAAUUGAUGUGGAUAGGACAUUGAUGUGCACCCGUCCAUUCCUGCUGUGAAGGCCACUGUUACGCAGCAUGAAACAAGUGUUCUGAGAAGCUUUUGCCUUUUGGGACCAUUCAGAAUAAUUGACUCAUGUUUCAUAUUUUAUGACUGUUUUCCAGUUUGAAUAAAAACCAUCUUGGUGGUGAGUCCUGUUCACACCUUGCACAAGUUUUGAAGAAUGCCAUUCACAUGGAAAAAAUUGAGUAAGUUCAUGUUUUCCGCUCAUGUCUGCCACUUUAACACAUCUCCUCCCAACAUCCAGCUUCAUUGUCAGAAUUAAUAACCAAAGGAGAACAUGUCUUAAUUAAUUUUUUCUCUUUUUUCCAAAGCAGUGGGUGGCAGAGGGGCACUGGGAUUACCUAGGCAGCUGCUAAGAGGCAAGGGGGUGGCAGUGGGGCACUGGAGGGGCAAGUGACUAUCAGAUGUUGAAAAGCAGGUAUCACUAGAUCACGUUACUCAGUUUUGUUGCACUAAUUAAACUAAAUAGAUUUAAUUGGGUUUUGAAACAGUGAAAUGUUCUCUGAAGCUUGACAUUCAUGAGCCAGAACACAAUGUCAUGAACACGGUGGAUGUUUUCUUUAAUCUUAUGAGUUGUCGGGUUUCUUUCAAAGUUUGAGCCACAACAAGAUUGAAGAUGCUGGCAUAAAAGAAAUCGCUAUGGCCAUUCCAGAAAUGCAGAGCGUGAAGCAAAUCGAGUGAGUUUCUUGUGUCUGUAUCAACCCAGUGAGGGACUACAGAUUGUAGUCUGGGCGGAGGAGGAAUUCCUGGUCCUCUGCCCAUCCCACCAAAUCCAGCUAUCACAGAUUAGCUACCGUUCUGUGAUAUGAAGCAGCUUCCUCUGUUGUUGUUCCUCUUUCAGCCUCUCUAGCAACAGCAUUGGCUCUGCCGGUGGACAGUGUUUCGUGGAGGCUCUGAAGCACAGCGAGAACCUGGAGGUGCUCAAGUAAGCUCAGACCUUCUCCUGGGGAUUUCAUCAAUUCCCUUUCAAAAUAACUAGGUUCCUCCGAAAAGCAUUUCCCCAGGCUGUUCAUUAUGGGGGGCUGGCUGUUGAAGAAUCCAUGUCCACACCCAUGAAUAUUCUGUGAAAUGGUGCGCUCCUUUCUCCUACGAAUGCAGCUGGUGCCAGCUCCAGGUUUGUGGGUUGGAUUUGGGCAAGGAGCCUUCAGUGGGUUCCCUCCUCCUCCUCCCACCCAUCCCCAGCUCAUGUGUGCUGUCCUCCUCUGGGCCGGAGUGCCUGAACCCCAGCGAUGGUGCACAGAAGAGCUUGCAGGACCAGAAACCGCACUAUCAAAAUGUUUCCUCGGGCUGAUAAUCCUCAAUUUGAUAAUCUGAUAAUGCUGAUAUUCUUUAAUUGGAUUUGGGGGUUUUUUUUAACCCAUGUGCAACUGUUACUCACGCUACGUGGCUAUUUUAUAGUUCAGUUUCAGUUUUUCAACUUUUAAUUUUAAUAUAAUUGUUCAUUGUUAUCAUUGUUCUCUCUGUUUCAUAUACAUUAUACAACUAUUUUGUUUAAAAAAAAAAGAGUUCUCAAUAAUGUUUCACAUUGCACUUCUUUUCAGACUAUCUGGGAACAAUAUUGGAAACGAGACGCUGGAAAAACUGGCUCCGGUUCUGCCCAGCUUGCACUGCCUGAAGGUCCUUCAGUAAGUAUCCUGGUUCAGGAUGGACAGAUUGGUCCAGUUUUCACCUGUGUCAGAGUUUGGGGAGUUUUUUCCUGCCUUCCCUCAUUUGAUCUGCUCCAUCCAGGAUGUUCUCCACACUCAUCAUUCAGCAAAUGUACAACCUGUGGGCCUGUGUACACAAAUAGUUGAGCUGUACAAAUCAACGUGUGUUCACCCUUUUCACACAAACGCUAGGCAAGGGCCUUCCCCACUUAACCAUCCUCUUCUUUCCUCAGCCUGGCAUCCUGUGGCUUUGACUCGGAGGGAGUGGUUUGUUUGGCCAGAGUCCUCUUCCAUUGUCCACAAAUAGAGGAAAUCAGGUGAGUGCAUCUCGUAGGGAAAUGAAAAUAGGAAGGAAAAACUAGUAACAUAUGGGCUCUUGACAUAGAAUCAUAGAACUGUAGAAUUGGAAGGGAUUCCCAAGAAUCAUCUAGUCCAACCCCUGUGCAAUGCAGGACUCAUAGCUAAAGGAUCCCUGACAGAUGGCUGUCCAACAUCUGUUUUAAAAACUUCCAACGAUGGAGAGCCCACUAUCUUCCAAGGGAGUCCAUUCCACUGUCAAACAGCUCUUACCAUCAGAAAACAUUUCCUAAUUUUUGGUUGGGAUCUCCUUCUUUGUCGUUUGAAUCCAUUGGUUCGGAUCCUGCCCUCCAGAGCAGCAGAAAACAAGCUUGCUUUGUCUCCCAUGUGACAUGUUUUGGAAGUCAUCUGCCAGUCAAAAAGCAAUUGUGAAUGUUAUCCUCCAAGUAUUAUGUUCUUAAAACAAGCAGCAUGAUUUUAAAAUAAAAAUAAUAAGAUAGUUCAAUCUGGUCACCUGUCCUGUUUUUUACCUUGCAGUUUGUCCGAAAACAGCAUUGGGCACAAGGGUGCCAUGGCACUCGCAGAACACCUGCCACAGCCCUCCUCACAACUCAGGAAGAUUGAGUAGGUCCACACCUGUUUUCAUUUGGCUUAAAUCUAACUAAGCUAUCGGCAUUGUGUUUGUGUGUGUGUGUGUGUAAGCUUUUUGUACACUGUAGUUUUGUGGGUCUUUGGCUGAAAAGCAACAGAUAAAUAAAUAGCACCAUAGUGAAGGAAGCUGACUUUAUAUCAGGUUAGGCCAUUUAUCCAUCUAGCCAAGUAGUAUAUAUUCUAAGAAGCCAAGCCUUUUAAUUGGAGAUCCUGCCAGGGAUUGAACCAGAGACCAGGGAUUGAACCAGAGUGCCCCGUUUCCUAUUCAGGUUUCAAAUCCAUCUUUAAUAUGUCCUGUUUUUUCUUUCUUUCUAAAUCUUUAUUGACAUUUGUUGCCGAGUAUACAAAAAAUAAAAUAUAAAAACCAAUCAGAACACUCAUAGUCCACCAAGCCAAAUCAAAAUGGAGACUGGGCGUCACCCCACAAACUCUGGCAUUACAACAAAAGGAAGAGAGUUGGACAUCAUUUUAGAGACUCAAAAUAAAAAUUAGUAGCACCGUCGAAGUUUAAUGUGCUGUUUUUGCCUUGGUGUUUAUAGUUUUCAGGCCAGCAACCAACAAUGCUGGGGAUCGUAUCCAGCCGUAUAGAUUUCUGAGAGGCAGGUGGAUCACAAAGUUUAUGAGACGGCACCAUCAAAUUUACUUUUCAGUUUGAAUCCCCUCAAACGUCUGGUGUCCCCCCACCCCGGUUAACUUUCAGCCAAACUUUGGUCCACCUGCCUUUGAAAGAAGCUGCCCUGUUUAUGAAUACAAAGUUGUGUUCAGUGUGAACUGAGGAGCAAAGCUGAUCUGUUUUAAAAUAAUAAGGAAGGGUGGACCCUAAGAGAAGUUUUCCCCUCUCACAAAUCUGCUCUUUUGAGCAUUUCACCUGGGAAAGCCACAACUCUAAAAUUAGUGUGGGAACUGGUUUCCAUUUUGCAAUGUGUUCUUUCUAGACUGAAGGUCUGCGGCCUCAUCGACUGCACUUCUAAGAGUCUCAUCCUUGGUGUCAGCCAGUGCCCCCUUCUGGAAGAGAUUAUGUGAGUACUAGGGGCUGCUGCCCCUGCUUCCUCCACUUACAAGCCACACCUGCCCUCCAAUCCCUUUGCCAGCCCUCUUUCCCCCACACCUGGCCAAGCCCUUCUCCCUUUGCACCUCACCCUGUUUGCCUAUCCCCUCCCAGGUUGUCCCAAGCUCCUCUUCAUCCCUUGCAGCUUGCCACAACCACCCCCUUUUUAAAAGAGGGGGGAGGUGCUUCAGAUAAUGGUUUUCUGAAGUGUCUCCCCCUUUGUUAAAUCUCCCUGCAACCACAUUAAAAAGAUAUUUAGCGUCUCCCCCCUCCCAUCUCAGCCCACGUGGGCCAUCUGCCACAGUGUCGUUAUACUGGAGUUGUUGUGCCCACCUAUCUACAACCAUGCAAACUGCAGUGUGACAACAGCCUUACCUUUUUUUGUAUAUGGAAAGAUAAACAGACUUGUGGCUAUGGCUCGUGGCCCAGAGCUAAUCUGCCCAUUGCUGACAUGGAUGCUCCUUUCCAUGUUCAGUAGUAUCUAGAUCAGGCGUGAAGAACCCCAGGCCAUGCCUGAAUUAAACCCAAACAGAUCCACCUCCGGAGGACUUCAUUCACUGCUUCUCUUUGUGCCCCCUAAUUGCCUAAUUGAUAUUCACCAGGAAUAUCACAAAGAAAACAUUUGUUUGACACAGUCUUGCCAAAACAAUCAGAGAACGUAUUAAACAAAGGCGCUUGAUUCAGGCCUUGUCUAGAGAAGAAAAUAUUCAACCAAAUGAUUAAAAUUACAUGUUUCAAUUUAAAAAUGCAUCAGAAAUUGAUAUGAGGCACGGGCAGAGCAGUGGCUCGUGCAGAGACAAACAGGCAGCUACCUCUGUGGGUAGAUUAUUCUCCUGUGCUUUGGGAGUGGUAGAAUGAUCUGGCCACACCCAAUUCAGACACAUGGCGGAAUGACCCACUUCUAGCAGGAGCUGACUAAAAUAAGGCAAAGAUCAGAGCAGUAAAUCAUGCAGAGAAGCAGCAGGCAACUCUGUGAUUCAGUGAACUCACGGAGAGCCUGUGUUUACUUUAUUUCUCUUGCAGUGUGCUCAUGUGCUGCUGCUGCAUCUUCAAUGUGCUUGAUCUUCAGGUCCCCACUGACUCAAACACCUAUUGAAUUCAUGCCUAGUUGGGUUUUCAGCCGUUAAUCAUUUUCCUCAUCUUUAGCCUGUCCUGGAACAAACUUGGUGAUGAAAGUGCUUUGGAGCUGGCCAGGGUUCUCCCUCGGAUGGCAAAGUUGAAAGUACUGGAGUGAGUACAAGGAAACAUCAACCCAGAGUCCUUCACCAAAAACCAAUUAGAGCCUAGCUGAGCUUUCUUUCUUUUGUGGGGGGGAUGUUGAUAGUGGGAUGAAAGCUUAGGAGGAGAGAUUUUCCCAGGGGGCAGGAAGAAAAUAUUGGGUGUGGCAGUGUUCUCCAGGAGAGCAGCAGUAUUCUUUUUUCAUUCUCUUGAAAGUUUUUUCUUUAACUCAGUUUUCUUUAACUCAGUUCUUCAACUCUCACCUGCCAGAGGCAGAACAGCACGUGCAAGAAAUCUUUUAGCAUGACAGUAAAUAAUCUCAGGAACUCCCUGCCCCUUGAUAGUUUGUUGGAUAGUUUUUGACAUCUGCUGGAAAUGUUUUUGUAUGUGCAGGUCUAUCCAGAUGUGUACUUUUAUUAUGUGCAUUUGUUUUUAAAAUUCAUGGAUUUUAUCUACAUUCUGAUCAUUUUUAUUGUCUGCUGUUUAAAAUAUUUUUUACUGUUUUUUAUUUUAAAAAAUCAAAUAUUUUCUCGAAAUCACUUAGAGAUUCUUUCACUUGAGCAGUAUAUAAAUAUUGCUAAAUAAGGAAAUAAAUGGUGCCCAUUCCUCCACCAGUCAAAGCACUUAGUCCCUAAGUGCAUUCCAUAUACUUUGGUACCUUAGGCACCCCUCAAAAAAAUACCCUUGUCCUCUUCCCUGGCAGUAAAAUACAACAAUAAUAAAUGAAACAACUCACACUUGGCUGCCUUUUCAUGGCACCCCAAAUCUACUUCCUGGUGCAGCUGCCUCACUCCGCCCUAUGAGAGUGACCUGCUGUUUUCCUGGUAAACUGAGAAUGAGCUUUAUUAACCACCAACCCCCAAAUUUGGGAUCCUCUCCAAACUGGUAUCAAAGUUUUGUACUCAUUUUGUGCCAUUUUGUACUGCAAACCCUCCAUUUUGUACCGCCCACCCCCACCCCCAAACUGAGUGAUCAAUACUUACAAAUCUAACAUGUUGGAUUUUGGGGUAUUACCAGGGUUCAUAGUUAACACUCAAAAAUCCAACAUUGUCAGAUUCAUAAAGCUCUGAGAAUGGGCACCUGGUUGACUCGAGUGCUGGACCAGAUGGACCUUUGGCCUGAUCCAGCUACAGGCCUCUUCCUAUGGAGGAGGAGGAAAGAGAAAGAGCACCCUUUUGGUCCUGAAAGAUGGGGAUGCGCCUUGAGGUAUAUACUUUGUAUAGGACAAUGGCUUGAAUGUUUUUUUCCAAGCCAAAUUGCUGGAGAUGGAGAGAGUGAGCGUGUGUGUGUGUAUAUAUAUGUGUGGGGUUCUGAGUGGGUGGCACACCCACUUUGACCACGCACACUUUGGUCUCGGCCAUCCCAGGAACUGGCCAAGAGUAAGGAUGGUGAACCUGUGGCGCUCAGGAUGUUGUUGGAUUCCAGCUCCCACCAUCCUGCCCACUGGGAAUGCUGACAGAGUCUAACAAUGUCUGGAGAGCCAAAGGUUCCCCAUAUCUGGCUAAGAAGGGAUACAGGCAUUGGGCCCAGAGGGGUUCCCCAUUCCUGCCCUUAAGCGGGAACUAAAUAAUUUCUGGCUUUUUUGUUCUGUUCAGGAGAGGCAGCGAUCAGUUUCGCAUACCGUAUUUUUCGCUCUAUUGGACGCAGUUUUUCCUCUCCAAAAAUUGAGGGAAAAUGUGUGUGCGUCCUAUAGAGCGAAUGCAGGCUUGUGCCAUAGCCACGCGCAACCCCUCCGGCAGGGAGAGGCUGCACGGGGCUAUGGCUUCUUUAGCCCUGCGCAGCGUCUCCCGGCAAGGAAAGGCUGCACGGGGCUAAAGGGGAAGCCAAAACAGCGAGCUGGAUGGAUCCCGCUCGCUGCCUUGCCUUCUUCCAUAGCUGCGCGCAACCCCUCGGGCAAGGAGAGGCUGCACGGGGCUAUGGAUUCUUUAGCCUCACGCAGCCUCUCCCAGGAGGUAGAGGCUGCACGGGGCUAAAGGGGAAGCCAAAACAGCGAGCGGGAUCCAUCCCACUCGCUGCCUUGCCUUCUUCCAUAGCUGCGCGCAACCCCUCCGGCAAGGAGAGGCUGCACGGGGCUAAAGGGGAAGCCAAAACAGCGAGCGGGAUCCAUCCCGCUCGCUGCCUUGCCUUCUUCCAUAGCUGCGCACAACCCCUCUGGCAGGGAGAGGUUGUGUGCAGCCUGUACGCUGCUCUUUGGGGCUGGGGGGGAAAAAUAUUUUUUUCCUUGAUUUCCCCCCCUAAAAACUGGGUGCGCCCUAUGGUCCGGUGCGCCCUAUGGUGCGAAAAAUACGGUAAUACUUAGCCUAGUUAUAUAUUUGCCUUUCUUUGGCUUCUUUUAAACAGUCUGGACAACAACUACAUCACUGCUUGUGGGGCCAGAAGGCUCACAAAGGCACUUGCACAGUGUCGAGGAAUCCAGAUAAUACGGUGAGUCCUCUGUGAAAGUUACAUCAGUUUCCUAACCACUAGGAGGUGCCGUGUUUAUUUAUAGUGAGCAAGACUAGUAGGCUCCCUGGAUUAACUACUUAAAGCUCAUAGUUGGACCUGGAGACCCACCUUUAGUCCAAACAGGAUUAUUACUAGUGCUAGUAUUGUUUUGAUUUAUUAUCCACCUUCACCCUAAGGUGUCAGGGCAGCUGGCAAUGAUUUAUCUCACUGGAAAGCUGCCGGAAAUUGGAGAAGUGUCCAACUUUUUAUUAAGUAACAUUUUUAUUUAACAGAAUUUAUCUACGGGUUAGGGAAAGACCUCUAAGCAGUUUACAACACUAAAAUAUUUGUUUAAAAUACACAUAAAAACAAACAUUAAAAAACCAACUACAUUUAAAAAAAAUAAGUGGAAAUGCUAAAAUUACAUGUUGGUAGGGCAGCUUGCUGAAACAAAAAAGCUUUUAUCAGGUGCCAACAGCAUUCCAGCAAAGGUUCCUGCCUCCUGUCAAUGGGCAGGGAGUUCCAUACUUUCUCUCUCUUUGUCUUUUCUAGUCUGUGGCACAAUCAGAUACCGAGCGAUGUUGAACAAAAGCUGAGGAAGGAAGAGCCACGGCUGCAUUUUGCCUUCUUUUGA